AUGAAGGGUGCUAUAGCACCCGCAUUAGUUCCUUUUAGAGGUGUAGUAAGUGGUUUUGGCUGUUAUUGGGCAGGGUUUCUUCAGAUGCGCUACCAAAGCACGUCUUCUGAAAGGCGUUUUCACUGCAGCGUUUGUAAGAAAUCGUUUAGGCUUGAAAAGGCAGCCCAAUUGCAUUUACAGCAGGCUCAUAACAGUGAUGGGAGUAUAGAAAUUGGCGCAGGUCCAGGCUGUGAAUCGAAUGCGGCACCGAGUCGCCCGAAUUCUCUUCCUCGUGGCCCUACCGUGAUUUCACAACCUCCUGAAUCAUCCACUCAAAGCGAACGUUCUCGCCCUCGGCGAAGUCGCCCCAUUCCAAAGCCUCUAAAUACACCGGAGAAGGAGGUUCCGCCGGAGGUGAUCCAGGAAAUCCUAGAUGUGUGGGACAAAGUUGGCGUGCAGCGUUUGGCUGGUAAAUUUAUUCAUAGUUCCAUGAUUAUGAAAGUAUCCGCAACAAGAACAGAAGAAAAAUCCGUGCCUCUUUAUGAUUUUACGAAAUCAAAAGCGGAUACUUCGCCUUCUCAGACAAAUUUUGAAACACAUCAGAUUGUGAGCGAUUCUUUGUAUCAGGUUGACUUUGAUGAUGCAUAUGCAAUGGCUCCUUCUGAGUCCCUUAGUCCUUUUAACGCUGCCUCAUGCGACAACCCACUCAAUGAAUCUAGCUCUGGAUUCCAUGAAACCUUUAGGACGACAUCCAAGUUAGUCGACCCUAUCUUAGCGGCGCCUGCAGCGCCGCCGGUCACUACGUUUGGGCAGCUGCCAAUGUUUGGACAACAUCAGCAACCGAGUAUACCGAGUAACGCUUUGAACGGGGGUCAGCAGUCCGCUUCAUCUCUAUUUGUGGCUUCACCGUUUGCGAAUGCUGCAGCAACUGAGUCCCCCUUUUCUGGAAGAGUAGUUUCCUCAACUAUGACGCCGGUGGCCUCACCUAGUGCAUCGCAGAUGUUAUCAAGUCCUUUCGUAUCUGUGUCCCCUUUCGCAGACGGACAAACAGAAGCACCGCCAGCUACGUCUUCUGCUACAGCAGUUAAUACGGGAAGUGCCGUGGCUGCAGCAGCUGCUAGUCCGUUCGCGACUGGUUCGUCGGUUGAAUCCGUUGGGUCUCCCUUUGUCUCGAAUGGAGUACUGAAUUUUGCAUCAAUGGCGCCGCCACCAAACUUUCUUGGUGCUGACUUUGCCGCGAUGAGCACAGAAGCAGCAUCUCCAGUGCACCAAUGUGAUUCAUGUGGUCGAAAUUUUUCAACACAUGAAGGCCUGCGCAUGCAUGCCCAAGCGAAGCAUGGUGUGAAGCUUCCACGAGCAGAAACGAACGAGAGCAGAAAGAAAAAAUCGGUUGCUGAAUUAUCAGCCUACAUUCCGAGUCCUGUGGAUCUUUCCAUGACAAGCCCAUUUGGUGUUCAGGAUGAGCCCGAGUUCAAUUGGAUUGAAACUGAAAUUAUACCACACGCCGUGGCGGUUUCCAAUAUCACAGUCACUGGCAAAGUACUCGAGGUGAAGGAGAUUGAUGGUAAGAGGUUGCAAAUAACGGUUUUCGUUUCAGCUGAGACAUCUGAUGAAGGUGAUAAAAUGACCAUUAUCUGUUCGGACGAGCUUUCGAAAAUAUAUGCUGACAACAUCCACCCUGACGAUUAUUUGUUCGUGUGCGGGGUAUUGCGCCUAACUUCAGUGCAUGAAGAUCUCAACGAUAAGUAUUACUCCACGCCAGUUAUCCAUGUUGCAUCACCUGCAGGGCUAAUAGGCAAGAUAUGA